CAGCCUCACCAUCGAUGGGACGGAAUUGAAAGUAAAAGACAAAUGAAAAAAAAACACAGUACUGAAAACAUUAAUACUUCUGACUGAAGGUAAGUGAAUCCGGGGUCUUGAUGAUGAACGUUUAUUAACUGUAGUUUAAAUGUAGAUUUCAUACAGUUAUUAGACACUUGAAUGUUUUUCAGUUUGACAGUUUCUUCCUCUCUCCAUUUUCUGCAGUAUUUGUUAGAGGUUUAUAAAAUAAUAUAUAAUUUGUACCUAGUAUAAAAAAAGCAUUCAACAAUUUUGCUGUUUAAGAAAACUUAGAGAAUAUGCAAAUCAUUUCAGUAUCAAAACUGAUAAAGAGUAGAAGCUGUGAAAUCGGCAGUGAGUCGUUUCCUGUUGUUGGAGAACAGCGAAGAGCAGGUCAGGGUGGUGUACAAGAUAAAACAUGAACAUUCUCCUAAGUUUCAGUUACAAGUAUGUGGACAGAAAACAAUGCAUGCAGGAGGAAGUCAGUAUAAUGUGCAGGAGAUCAGUAUAAUGUACAGGAGAUUUUGGCUUAUUACUCCUGCAUGAAGCUUAAUAACCAUGUCGAUUCUAAAGACUCCUCCUUUCUUCAGUCCUGACCACAUUGAGCUUCACUGUAAAUGUUUUUCGUCUUCACAUCUGAUAUCCAGGUGCAUUGUACAGAAGGUCAGUUGAAGCUAUAGAAUCAAACUUUAUCUAUUGUUAAAUGAUGUUUUAUGCAGCACCGUGAUCCUGGAGGACUAUUUUUUCAUUUCACUGUGCUCAGUAAUGUAUAUGGGUAACAUGUAAAAUCCACAAGACCUUAAAAAUGAAAACAACCCGCGACCUCCUCCGUCUUCACCACAGUUAAUAUCCAUAUAGAUACUAGUUAAUGAUUGACUCUUCACAUCAUGUCCCAGUGAUGCAAGAUUCUGCCUCCUUCCAUCCAGGAGGAGAUACAGGAAAAAUUAUUUAAGCAGAAGCAGCAGUUUCAGGGCCAGCUUUUCAACUUUCAAGUUCAGAAAUGGGAUCAUCUUCCACUAAACCUGAAUUUAUCACAGUUCUGGCUGAUAAGCAAGUAAAACGUGGAGACACCAUCACUCUUUCCUGCAAAGCGAACAGCGAAACUGUAAUAGUGACGUGGACAAAGAAUGACAUGAAACUGUGUUGCGUUAAAGACAAACACAUUAUUUUGAAAAAUGCAACAAAAUUUUCGUUGGAAAUUGUCAAUGCUCAGGAGGCUGAUGGCGGGAAAUACACCAUCAACCUGAAGAAUCAUAAGGGGGAGAUUUCCUGCUCUUCCUAUGUCAGAGUCGAGAUCAAGGAAUGGAGGAACUUUAAUUCAAAUCAGAAGCAGCUGCUCAAUAAUCUAAAGGAAUUUAAAAUAUUUCAUAAAAUCCCGAAACUCCGCUUUCUGCUGUACGGACCAGUUGGAGGAGGAAAGUCCAGCACCAUAAACACCAUCAGAACCAUCUUUGAAGGACGUCAGCUGGUGGAAUGUCUGGCUGCUGCACUGUCUGAGACGAGUCACACGAAACGCUUUGACAGUUUUGAGAUUUCGGAGAAACAUGGAUCUUUUCCUUUUAUCUUCUAUGACACGAUGGGUGUGCAAGCCCAAGAUGGUGUACACAUUAAUGACAUUAUCGCAGCUUUAAAAGGUCAUAUGAAAGUCGGCUACAUGUGCGAGCCCAAAACACCGUUAUCUGAAGACAGCAUAUAUUACCUCAAAUAUCCGAGUUUAAGUGAUCGGAUGCACUGUCUGCUGUGUAUUAUACCAGCCGACAAGAUCGGACUCAUGGGAAAAGAUUUUCUUGACCAAUUUAAGAUGGUCUGUAAAGCAACACAAGCCAUCAGAGUUCCUCAAGUGGUUCUGAUGACAAGAGUAGAAUGUGUGUGCAUCAUGACAAGGAACAAUUUGCGUAACGUCUACAAAAGCCAGAAGAUCAGGGAUAAAAUGACUGAGUGCAGUAAUAAGCUGGGUGUUCCAGUGAACCGUAUAUUUCCUGUGAAGAACUAUCACGAGGAGACCGAUGUGAACGAGGACAUCAACUGCUUGAUGCUGGAUGCUUUGAAUAACGUUGUACGAUGGGCAAAUGACUAUGUGACUAUGUGUUAAAACAAGAGUUAAGGAGAAUUUCUAUAAUUACCUUGAAGUAUAAAUACCUUCUUUUUAUCAAGAGCCAUUUGACUGUUAAUGCAAAUAAACUUUGAAUUUAUAGCUUCAAAACACCAAACCCAAAAUCUCAGAAGUUAAAAUAAAAAGUUUAAACAGCCAAAUUUCUAGUAUUAUAUCCAAUAAUUAAUCUAGCUACAUUUUAACUUGUCAAAUCUCAAUCAUCUAAAAGAUUGGAAAUAAUUUCACAUAUUUUGUGAUGUUGAAGUUGAAGUUUGGUUCUACUGUUGAAGACAAUGUUCUAGUGUAGCACCUGUUAUUGUGUCUGCAUGUAUAAUCAACUUGGACUGAACAUGAUCUUAUUUCAUGCUAACACUUUUUUCAUUUCCUUCCAUGUUCUAUAACUUUAAUAAAAUAUCACCGUUUGUGGUUAAUGAGAUAGAAAUGCUUGAUGCAGUAAAAUAUUAUAGUCUCAUUAAAUGCAUAGACUAAAUGUAUAAAAUAAUUAAAAUGACAUAAAAAUUAUUUUUCCAGCUGUGCUGCUGUUUGAGGCACUUUAUCUCUGGGUGUCAUAGUUUCUAUAUUAACAAAGUGAACAUGUCUGUGGUUGUCCACAUUACCAAUAAAUAAACUAAAUAAAUAAAAAUCAUGUUUCAAUUUUAUGUUAAAUGUGUUAGAACAAAGAAAACGUCCUUCAUUUUUGAAGCCCUCAUGGCAGAUUUUGACCUUGGCACCAUGUGAUGUGACAGCUGAAAUCUGAUUGGUUAGAAUAAUUGAACAUAAACAGACUCCUUGUUGCAGUGCAACUUAGAGGGAAUUGAUGAAAUUAAUAAAAUAUAUUAUUGGAAAUAUUUUUUAUAUAUAUUCAUUGACAAAAAAAAUUUCAUACUUAUAUUGUUUCUAUUAAAGUAUCCAGUAGCAUUGAUUUCAUUCAGCAUAAUCCGAUGAAAAGCAACAAUUCAGCAUUCAGCUUGUGUGACUACAUUUAGAUGUACCUUUGUUUGACUGUGUUUUCUGUCAAUAGAUGAAACAGAUAACUGAAUUUCUGUUUACCUUUCCAACUUCUGACCAGCAAAACAGUCAGAAAGCAAUAGUGACAAAAUGAACAAGUGAGAAUAAACUAUUACUUCAUCAGUUCAGGAGCAAAAGAGUCAGAAGAACGAGCAGUUAGAAGUACUGAGCUGCACAUAGAGGACAUUAGACAGAGAAAAACACCGGUAAUAAUAAAAAUACAAUCAUGGGAUUAUUUUCAUCAAACCUGGUAUGUAACACAACUGACUCAAUAUUACAAUAAUUCUGAAUAGGACAGCUGGAGCAGUGUAGAACUGGGUAAAAACGAAAGAAAAUAAAAGAAUAGGCCUGAAAUGAUAAAUAUGUAUGUUUUAUUCUGAAUUUUUAAAUUAUUUGCAAAUGUAACAUGUGAAGAGAUUAAACUUUUUGUUUCUUGUAAGAUGGGCAUAAACACACACACACACACACACACACACACACACACACACACACACACACACACACACACACAGGGUUAUUCAAAAAGAAUGAACCAAUAUCAUGACGCAUUGCUUCAGUUUUCGAACAUCGUCAUGGAAUAAAUAAAUUUAUUUAUAACCAGUCAUUUACAUAAAAGUUGAUUAAGAGUAUAAUACUUGUGACUUGGCCGAAGUUUUGUAUUACUUAUCCUUAAUAAAAUAUUGCGCAAUGAAAUCGGUUCAUUCUUUUUAAAUAACCCUAGUAUAUAUACACACACACACACACACACUAUUCGUGUGUUUUUUUCUCUGUCUAUCUAACAGAAUUUGUCACAGUUCUGUCCGACAUAUAUACAACUGAAUGUGGAGAAAAAGUAACACUUCAAUGUGAGGCAAACACAAAAGACAUAACGGCAACAUGGGAAAAAGACGACAGCAAAUUCAUGUGUGUCGAGGGUGAGCACCGAGUGAGAAAAGAAGGUACAAAAUGUAUUUUGGAAAUUUUUAAAGCGAAGGAGACUGAUGAAGGGAAAUACACCCUAAACCUCAGCAAAUCCUCGAGUUCUGUCUCAUGUUCCACUCUCGUCAAAAUCGGCAAGUAACAUUAUAUUAUUACCUGAAUAAAUAUAAAUAAACUAGAAAUACAGAUAAUAGCCAACAUUAAUUAUGCAAAUAAGCAGUGACUGUAAAUAUUACAUUAUUUAACACUGCAAUUGUACUUCUGGAAAAAUAUAAUAUUGUAUAAUAUAGAACAGUAAUAUUGUAUUAAAAUAAUGCCAUUUAUUCAUUACAGUAAUUCCACAAUGGAGAGAAGUGAAAUGGGAAAGGUUUCAUUAUCCUUCACUCCUGAUUUAUAUCAUUAGUUAAUAAUAAAUGAUUGAAUAGAUGAUAAACUUUAUAAACUGAUACAAAUGUACAUUUUCUUUCCUCAGACAAGAUGAAAUGUUAAAUAAUCUGAAGACUUUUAAAGUUUGUAAUCCAGUCGAACAGCUCAACUUCCUCUUGUAUGGAUUAGUUGGAGCAGGAAAAUCCAGCACCAUAAACACCAUCAGAAGCAUCUUUGAAGGCCGUCUGUAUGUUAACUGCUUGGCUGCUGCAGGAUCUACUACGAGUCAGACUCUCUCUAAGCAGAAGCUGGUGUGAACACUCAAGACAUCAUCAGUGCUUUAAAAGGUCACAUUAAGGAGGGCUACAAGUUCAUCUCUAAUGCUCCAGUGUCUGAAAGUGACCGUGGUUACAAGCAAAAUCCCAGUCUGGUGAUCAGAUGCACUGCCUGGUGAACGUCAUAGCAGCCGACAGGAUUUCAAUGAUGGACAAUGAAUCUCACAAAAAAUGGAAGACAAUCAGAGAAACAGCGAGCAGUAUGGGAAUCCCUCAAGUGCUUUUCAUAACACAUGUAGAUCGUGGGUGUCCAUUAAUCAAGGACAAUUUGCAAAACAUCUACAAAAGCAGAAAGAUCAAAGAGAAAAUGAUUCAGUGCAGUAAUCUCACAGGUAUCCCCAUGAACCUCAUCUUCCCAGUCGUGAACUAUCAUGAGCAGACCAACAUGAACACGGAUAUAAACUGCCUGAUGCUGGAUGCCUUAAAGAUUAUUGUCCACUGGGCGAAUGAUUACGUGAAGAAACGUUCCGACAACCAAACUUCACAUCAGGAAUAAAAUGAAUAAAGAAAUUUCACAGAAAUAUGAGAAGCAGAGCGACACACAAUCUGAAAAUCUACUGGAAAUUUCUUACUGAAAUCCAUCAGCUCCUUAAUCCCAAAUGAUAAGAGUAAAUAUGAUUAUUAAAGAUAAAGGAGUUUAAUGAUACAUAUAUAUUAAACAUGAAUAUCUGUAUAAGUGCAAAAUUCUGUCGUUUACAUUUGCGGAAUUGAGCAGAAGCCCGUGUCCAGAGCGACGUACAGAAGUGCUUUGACUACAACUCUUGAUUUUUACAAAGCAAACUUGGAAAGUGCUCAUUUGAGUGUUUCAGGAAAAUGUAAUGUCAUGAACGUUAAAAGUUAUAUUACAUUUGACUUUAUUGUAUGAAAUGAAUUUAGAUUGUACAUGAUUGAGGAAUUGAUUUAUUGUGGAACAUCAGGGGAACAGACUGAAUUAUUUCAGGUUCUAGAUAACAUGUAGAUCUGAAGCUGAAAAAAAGGGAUUCAGAUAUUUUAUACUUCUUUCAUUUAAGUUUCAAAGUUUUAUGGUAGUUAAACUGAUCAUGUUUCCAAAAUAAAUAAAUAAAUAAAUAAA